AUGAGAAAACAAGGACUCCAAUGUAAAGAGUGUGGCUACAACUGUCAUCGGAAAUGUCAAUCAGCAGCACCGAAAUGCUCUUGUGCCAUUACACAAGGCUUUUUGGACGACGCAGACACAACAUCCAACUCACGAGCAGAAACGUAUUUGCGUCAGUUGUCUCAAAAAUCAGGAAACAAGGACCGUCGACCAUCUACGUCUUCAAGCACAUCAUCCACAGCGUCAAAGCAUGUCAAAGUAGGUGAUACAAGCAUCUAUCUGUCUACAUUUGAGCAUGUCAAGGCUAUCGCAACGUCUGACAAACUGCAAAAUAUCCUGGCGGAAGCAGCUACUACUGAGCAAGUACCUGUCAAUGCCUAUUUGGCUCAGCAAGCACCAUUGAAUCCUCAGAUCACAGCUCGCAACUUUACCCGAUUUGUGUCCAGAUGUGGUCCAGUAUUUGCAUUCAGGGAUGAGCUUUUGUUGCUAUUGAGCUGGGAGAACCGAGUCGAUACAUUGGUGUCUUUGAUCAUCUACUGUUUAACAUGCCUAUAUCCCAAGCUGAUCUUCUUUGCUCCUCAAGCCCUCUUGGUGUAUUUCAUUCUCUCCAGCUAUCCCAAAAGAAAGACGUCCGAGAAAAUGGACACAAAGGACAAGAUAAGGCAAAAGAUAGCAAAAGCAACCACCGACAAAAAACCCCUGGAAGAUGCAUCGACGAGUAAGCGCACUCAGCAUGACACACCCAAUGUGUUUCCCUUCAAUCUUUCGGCAUUGUUUCAACCUGCGUCCGAUGAAUCCGCAGAAUACCUGAAAAACUUGCAAAAUAUCCAAAACACAAUGGGCGAAUUCAGUGAUGUGUAUGACUGGAUCAUGAUGCAGGCAAAUCAGUUCAACUGGUCGUCUGAGGAGAAGACAAUGAAAAUCUUGCAGCUGGUCAUAGUAUCCAGCUUCCUAAUUUCCUUUGUGCUCUACAUGGUGCCUGUGAAGCUUAUUUUUAUGUCGUUUGGUCUGCUCGUCUAUGGUUUCAAUACAAGGUUCGCAAAGUAUGUGCUGAAUGAAGUGCAGCCUUACAUGGUACAAUUUGGAAAAAGAAACACAAUGGCACUGCUGGAAUGGUAUGCUGAUUUAGAAAAGAGAUUGGAGCAUCAGGAUCAUUUGCAAGAGAUUUCUGUGUUUGAGAAUCAACGCUGGUGGCCAAGACGUGGCUAUUUGCAUGAGAUGGUGAAUGAUGAGAGAUCACCGUGGUCUGAUUUUACGGGAGCCAUCUACAUGCCAAUCAUCACUGAAAUACCUGCUCCCAAAGGAUACCAAUGGAAGGAGACGAGCGAAUGGACGUUAGAUACAACUGGCCCCUGGAUCGACACGUAUCUAGAAAUUGGUGAGUUGUAUGAGCAAUUCUAG